AUGAAGACAACAGGUGCUGUGGGUCGCAGCGCGCGGCCGCGUGUGCUGCUGCGUGCCCAUGCAUCCCAUGGAGCCAUGCAGUCGCAGGGAGGCGCUGCUUUCGCCUGGGGCAGUCAGGCACAAACCUACUCGCCCUUGCCGCUCCGGGCUGCGACGUUGCAGCUGAGCAGCCAGGAUGAGGAUUUGUCGCCACGUUCACCAAGGACACCCCGGUCCAUCCCAUCACAAGGAGGAGCGCGGCUAGCUUGUUCGUCACCAGUGAGUGGAGAUGCCAGUUUUGGCUUGAAACACAGGGCUCUGUACUGCCGCUGGCAGACGAGGAUGAGGCUGGGUAUGGCUUGUGCUUGCUGCGACUUGAGUCGCUUCGCAGCUCCCAUUGGCAUGGCUGUGCCGCUGCUGCUUUAUGUGGCCUUGUGGAUCGUCUACUUCACCAGUGACAACGAAACGGUGCGGCCAACUCUGCUGCGUGUACUUCUGUGCUGCACCGCCGUGAUUGUGGCCGUGCCAAUAUUCGUCCUCGCUGCCAAGGCCAUCAUGGGCUCUAGGGUUGCGAAUGGAUUGAAAGCUCUGAGUGAUCUGGUACUGAAAAUGGAGUCGCGAGUGGAUUCAGUGUAUGUGGAUAUCCAUGAAGGCAUCAUCUGCAUAGACGGCCUCGAGCUUAAGAACCCUCAGAACCGCGAGUGGCGAUCUCCUUAUCUGCUAACUGCGAAGCGGAUUCGAUGUCACGUUCUCUUCCGCGACUUCGCAAAGUCCAAGUUCCGACACCUCACGGUGCAGGAGCUAAACAUCUCUGGUGUGGAGCUGAUGUACGAGAAGACAUUUGACUCCUCGAAUGUCAACGAUGUUCUGAACAAGAUUGCGGAGGUCAAGGACAAUCUCAAGCCUGAAAAGGACAACCCACCAAAGCUGACGUUUCGACGCGUCGUGGUUGAGGACAUUGCCGUGCGGCUGCAGGGGCUCGUUGCUGCCAUGGCCAACAUUACCACGGCUGAUCUGCGGUAUGAGGACUUCUCUGAAGAGGUGGGCCCGGUGGGCCCGGAAUUCCUGAUAGUUCUUUUGCUAAAGACAGUCCUGAAGUCGGCCUUGAGCAACCUGCUGGGCCUCAAUGCUUUUCGGAACUUGUUCGGUUACGGCUUCCACGACGAGCCCGCCUGA